CAUAGCAAUAAUAAACCGCAAUACACAAAACAACACUUCAACAACACACAUUAGUGUGUGUAGUUGCAGAUCUCCAAACUGUUCAAACACUCUUUCACAGUUUCCUUCAGAAACAAACCCUAAAAAUGGAAGAAAAGCACAAUUCACCGGCAACCGCCGGUGAACAACCACCACCGUCGUCAUCGGAGGCACCACCGUCACGGCGAAGAGGCGGAUUGAAACGGAAAGCGUCAAAUCUCCACAACAACAACGCAUCGACACCUCCGCCACCGUCCUCGAAGCGUCAAACGCGAGAGAAACCGUCGCCGGUGUUGUUUUCUCCGAUCCACAACGGUCCGUUGACUAGAGCGAGGUUACAGCCUAAUUACGGUGAUACGUCGACGUUUUGGGAGGCGGUGGCGGUGAAUGAAGGGGAAGGUGCAGUGGCGGCGGCGGCGACGAUGGCGGCGAAGGUGGAGGAGGAGUUGAGUGCGAGGAGAGAGGCGUGGGAGGCGUUGGAGGCGAAGGUUGAAGCGGAGUAUGGUGUUGUGAAGUCUCGUGGUGAUAGUGUUCAUGUUGUACCUGUUUCUGCUGGUUGGUUUUCAUGGACAGAAAUUCAUCCAUUGGAGGAGAAAGCAUUGCCGUCUUUCUUCAACGGAAAGCUGGAGAAUCGGACUCGUGAAAUUUACUUGGAAAUUCGUAACUCAGUUGUGAAAAAAUUUCAUGAAAAUCCCAAAACUCAAAUAGAGGAAAAAGAUCUUUCCGAAAUACCAGUUGGAGAAUUGGAUGCUAAAAAGGAAGUGAUGGAUUUUUUGGACUAUUGGGGGUUGAUUAAUUACCAUCCACUCCCUGAGACAGAUGUUGUUAACUCAGUGGGUGAUACUGAAGAAGCUGCAAAAGUAAAUUCACUGAUACAGAAACUGUAUGAGUUUGAUGUGGAACAAUCGUGCUCCCCCGCUGUACCCCGGAGUAGCUUUGCAACACCUGCGGUUCCGUACCGGUUGCCCGAGUCCAUACCGGUUGAUGACUCAGCACAGCCCGAGGGACCAUCUGUUGAGUAUCACUGCAAUUCAUGUGCAGCUGAUUGUUCUCGUAAGCGUUACCACUGUCAGAAGCAGGCAGAUUUUGACUUAUGUACUGAAUGCUUCAACGAAGGCAAGUUUGACUCUGAUAUGGCCCCAUCGGAUUUCAUUCUCAUGGAGCCUGGUGAUGCUGCUGGUGCAAGUAGCGGAACCUGGACCGAUCAAGAAACACUACUUCUUCUUGAAGCUUUGCAACUCUUCAGUGAAAACUGGAACGAGAUUGCUGAACAUGUUGCCACAAAAACCAAAGCUCAAUGUAUUCUGCAUUUUCUUCAAAUGCCGAUUGAAGACACUUUUCGGGAUUGUGAUGAUGAUGAUGAGAAGAAAGAUACAAAAAGUGUUGAUGAUAAUGGUGAGAAGAAAGAUGCAAAAAGCUCUGAUGAAAAUGACGAGAAGAAAGAUGCAAAAAGUUCUGAUGAAAACAACGAGAAGAAAGAAGUUGGUCAAAGUCAACAGGAAAAUGACGACAAAAUGGAAGUAGAUAAGGAGAACGGUGAUUCACAAGAUACGAAAGAAACCAAGGAUCUGAAGGCUGAUAAUGAUCAACCAGGUUCCGGUCCAAUGGAGAUCUCGGAAUCGGUAGAUGAUGAUAAAAUGAAAGAUGAUAUUCAGGAAAAUGGUGUGAAUAUUGCAGUGAAAGCACUAAGAGAAGCAUUUGAUGCCGUGGGGUCCGUUUCGUCUCUUGAUGAGAAACUUUGCUUUGCUGAUGCUGGUAACCCUGUCAUGGCAAUGGCAGCGUUUUUGACUCGGUUGGUGAAACCUAAUAUUGCGACUGCUACAGCCCGUACGUCUAUGAAAUCUGUGUCGGGCUUGCAGCUGUCUGAAAGGCAUUCGUUUCUUCUAGAAGACCCGGCUGAUGAAACAACAAAAGCAGAUGACACAGAUAGAGAUGUGCAAAAAGUGGUGGAGCAAGAAGUCUCGAAAGAGAAGACCGAUUCUUGCGAUAAGCAGGAAGAUGAAAGGGAAGGUACAAAAGUAACUGAAAACGAGAACAAAACGGAAAAACAGUCGGUUUCUAAUGAGAAAAAAGAUGUGGUUACAGCAGAAGUGACAGUUUCUAAAAAAGGAAGCAAAGCUGGCACACGAAGAAAGGGGGGUGCUUCAAAGAAAGACAAAGAUCCAGCAACUGAGAAACCGCCUGUUAUUGAAGAAACAAAUAAGCAAACUGAUAAAGUGGAGAAUAAUUCUUCAGAUUCUAAAAAGGAAACCGAAGAUCCUGCUGAUGGUGGGACAGAGUUAGGGUUAGUGGUCUCUGAGUCUACUGAAGCUCCAAAAGACGAGGAGAUGGCAGAAAAGACAGAAUCUCCCCCGUCUACUUUGGCUAACAACACGCCGAGUUCAGGGGACACAGGAGCAAAAGACUCGAAAGACGUGAACGAAAAACCUCCAGACACUAAAGAUGACCCGGUUACGCACAAAUUGACACGUGCAGCUGUUGCUGCCAUCUCAGCUGCUGCAGUUAAGGCUAAAUUCUUAGCAGACCAGGAAGAAGACCAGAUUCGACAGCUGGCCACAUCGUUGGUAGAAAAGCAGCUGCACAAGUUGGAGACAAAGUUGACUUUCUUUACUGAGAUGGAUGGUGUGGUAUCAAGGGCCCGCGAACAAUUAGAAAGGUCAAAACGGGGACUUUACCAUGAACGGGCCCAGAUAAUCGCAGCCCGUUUGGGCAUGUCGGGUGCUGCUUCCUCUAGGCCCAUGGCACAUCCCGGACAAAGGCCUCCAAAUCCUAUGGGAAUGACCCCUCAAAGACCACCACUUUCGAGACCCAUGAUGGGACCCGGACCCACACCUCCGUUUUCUAACGCAAUGGGGCCCACGUCAGUUGCGGGAAACCCUGCUCAGAUUUCAAACAAUCAAGCAAUGAAGUAGUUGGGCCUGCAGAUAAUGAGUAGGUGUGGUGGGUGCGUGUUAUUUAGUUACAAGGAUAACCUAGGGUUCAUUUGUACUUGAUUAUUAUCUUCUUCAGGUGUGAUGGGUAGGUAUUGUAUGUUGUAUGGCUGCAUACACUUUUUAAAUUUUAGAGUUGUCUUGUUUAUAUAUUUAUAAAUUUAGCCAGCUAAUAAACUGAAGAAAAGAAUUUCAUA